AUGACAAUUCUUUUAGGUAUUAUCAUUUGUUUAAUUCUAUAUAUUUGUAUUCUUAUUCUCUAUAGUCAAGGAAUGGGAAGUAAUUGGUACACACCAAAUAUGACAGGGAAAGUUGUAUGUAUUACUGGAGGUAGUAGUGGAAUAGGUUUAGAGAUAGUAAAAUAUUUAAAACAAUUAAAUGCAACUAUUAUAGUUCUUGGAAGAACUGACUGUUUAAUUUCAGGAGUAAAGAAUAUUUAUUUAGACCUUAGUGAUUUAAAUAAAGUAAAAGAAACUGUCAAAGAAAUUCAUUCUGUUAUAGACCAUAUUGAUAUUCUUAUUAAUAAUGCUGGAUGUGUUGCUAUUCCAUCAAAUAUUAAAACAGCACAAGGAUAUGAUAUUACAGUUGGAGUUAAUCAUAUUGGACACGCAUUAUUAACUUUAGGAAUAUUAGACCUUAUUAAAAAAAGUCAAUCUCCUAGAAUUAUUGUUAUGUCUUCUUUAUCGGCAGCUGAUUGGCAUCAAAAAGAAAUUCCAUUUAAUUGGAAAGAUGAAGAAUGGGAUCCAGAAAUACAAUACCCAGCAAGUAAAUUAGCUAAUUCAUUAUUUGCAAUUAAACUUGCUCAAUUAAAUCCUGAUAUUAAAUGUGUUCAUGUUCAUCCAGGUUUAGUUUGGAGUAAGUUUUGGAGAUAUAUGACACCAAUAAUGAAAUUCAUUUACACAAUCAUCCUCUUUUUAUUCUCAAAAACUCCAUUACAAGGAGCUCAAACUGCAAUUUAUUGUGCAUUAGCACCAAAUAUUGAAAGUGGAAAAUAUUAUGCAGAUUGUAUUCCUUGUGAAGUAAAUCCACUAUGUAAUGAUCAAACUGUUAUUGACUCACUAUGGGAGAAGACAAAGAACGUGAUAGAUAAUAAAUAA